AUGUCUCAAUUCUCUCAUUCAACGUCUCUCCCAUUGGAUACCCAAAAGAACGUGACUUUAGCCGGGGGGUUAACCUGCGUGGAUGGUAGCCCCUGGAGUGUUGGUGACAAAAUAUCUAAAAUUCUCAUCGGUUUUAACGGGAUUCGAGGAACUUAUCACGGCUCUGGCUGGGAAAUUAUCAUGAGUUACAGCUGGGUCACGAGAAGGCGUUUACCUACUCUUCUCACGGCGCUCAUAUCGCCGGCCGCUGAUAAAUCAAUCUCGGCCGACUCCACGGGAUGGCUUUGUAAUGCAAUGAAUCGCGGCCCGGAAGCUCCGGCCGGGUGUCCUGCCCUUCCUAAGGGGGUAGAGGAGUUAUGUAUCCUGCGCUGCACAACCAGGCUUGCCGACACUCCGCGACAAUUAUCUCCAGUAAUAUACAAUCAGCUCCCCUAA